AGAAAAGAAUAUCGCCCGCAUAAUGCCUCGUCUGUGGCAGUGUUGCCUUUUUAUUGUAACAUUCGGCAUUGUACUUGUAGCCGGUCAAAAAGAGCCCAAUAUUUGUAAAUCCAUUACAGUGAAAACAAUUCAAGAUUUUGAGAAAUUGAAAAAUUGCUCCAUUAUUGCCGGUCAUGUUCAAAUAGCUGCAUUGGAUUUUACCCCCGAAACUUUGGCCAAUUUGAAACCUUUACCAAUUGAAGAAAUAACCGAAUAUUUGUUGGUAUAUCGUGUUAAUGGUUUGGAUACGCUGGAGCGAUUAUUUCCAAAGCUAUUGGUUAUACGCGGCAUCAAACUGCUAUACGAUAAGUACGGUUUAGUGAUACUUGAAAAUCGCAAUUUGGAAAAUAUUGGAUUGGUGGAACUACUGAGAGUAUUUCGUGGUUCCAUACGCAUCGAAUCAAAUCCAUUGCUUUGCUAUGCCCACACCAUCAAUUGGGUUUCGAUUUUGGGCAAUCGGAGUAAAAAAUAUCAUUAUAUUUUGAAUAACAAUAAACCACCCAAUUUUUGUCCUUUGUUUUAUGGACCUAAUCCUUCGGACGAAGAACGUCAUCGACAAUGUUGGUCUCUUGGAAAGUUUCAACGCCAUCCUAUGGCCAAUUACACAUACCCAUGUUUAGCCGAGUGUCCCAACAAGAAAUGCAAUGAAAAGGGAAAGUGUUGCAGUGACAAUUGUUUGACUGGUUGUAAUGAUGAAAAUUGUAAAGUAUGCAUUGGUAUUACCAAUGGCAAGAAAUGCAUUCGAAAUUGUAUGCCACCAAAUGCUUUGGCUUUUGGUAGACAAUGUGUGCCAUAUUGUCAUAAAUAUAACCUUUUACGAUUUGGUUCGGAAUGCGUUGAUAAAUGUCCGGCGUUAUAUCAAUCUAUUCGAGAAAAUGAUGGAGAGGAAACCUGUACAUUGAACUGUAGUGGUAAUUUCACCAUAAAAUCCUCCGAAGACCUCAAAGGCUUCGAAGACUGUGGCAUACUUGAGGGAUCAUUAACUAUUGAGCUUACAGAUAUUAAAAAAACAAGUACAAAUGAUCUGGAUAUAGCUUUUGCCAAUCUUCGUGAGAUUAAAGGCUAUUUAAAAAUUGUGCGCUCACCCCAAUUGGUUUCUUUGCAUUUCUUUAAAAACUUACAUACCAUAGCUGGAAAUUACCUAGCGGAGGAUAAAUAUUCAUUUUACGUUGUAAACAAUCAUCAUUUGGAGAAUCUAUGGAAUACCAAUCAAAAAGUCUCCAUACCCAGGGGUCAUGUCUACUUCCACUUGAAUCCUCGUUUGUGUUAUGACAAAAUCGAAGACUUGAAACCACAACUCAAGGAAGCCGAUUUAACGGUUACCGAUGCUUCAAGAAAUUCCAAUGGCGAACAAGUUUACUGUGAAAGUAUUAUCAGUGAAUUGAAUGCCACCAUAGAUGCGGUUAAUGCCCAUGAAGCUCGAGUCCUUAUAGAAUAUCUGUCACCCGAAGCAUUGACACCUUUAAUUGGUUACAUUUUCUAUUAUAAAGAAGCACCGAAGCGUAAUAUAACCAACUACGAUAAUCGCCAUGGAUGUGGUCAUGAUAAUUGGUUCGUGGAUACGGCACCCAGCAAACAAAGACGUCACAUCCUAAGAAAUUUGAGACCCUAUACCCAGUAUGCGUAUUUUGUCAAAACCUUAACCAUCAGCAAUUACCAUUAUCAAGUGGAUGCUUCAUCAGACAUACAAUAUUUUCGUACAACACCAGCCAGGCCCGGGCCAUUGCAGAAAAUUUAUUAUCGAUCAUUGUCACCCAAUGAAAUUGAAAUACAUUGGUGGCCACCUCGCAUCACAAAUGGUGCAAUAGAAAAGUACACUAUUAAAUACGAUGAGGUUGUUUCAAAUCGCAGUUCGGACACCUUUAACGAAAAAUCUCAAACACAACCAGCAACCCAUUAUGAGUUUUGCCAUUGUCCCACAAUCGAUCCGGAAUUAAGUGGACCCAUGCCCGUGGAUGACGAUUAUUUUCAACGAGAACAAAUGGUCUAUGACGAGUCCAUGUACAAUUUCAUUUAUGUACCCUCAAAAGCUAAAAAAGCCAAUAAAACCGUUUCAUUGGAAGAAGUCCAGGAAAACUUUCAGCGUGUCCAUGAGGAAAUGUUCAAUACCUCCAUCAAGGAACAGGAUCAUGGUAAAAAUGAUUUCAACAUUAGCAUUCCUUUGCCAGUGUGUAAUGUCAGAAAUCCCAGCAUGGCCUAUAAGGUGGAGAACAAUUGUCAGGAAAUGGAAAAUAUUGAAAAAGAUCUAGAACUCCCAUCUACCAUACACACAUAUACGUUGAAAAAUUUAAAGCCUCAUACCACCUAUCGCAUACGCAUGCGUGCCUGCGUAGAGGGUUUGGUUAAUGGCUGUGGUCCCGAAACAACGGUUUGGGCGGAGACUGUAAGCGAACAUUUUGUUCAGAUAUUGCAAAGUCUUAAUCUCACUCCAGUGUUAAACGACAAGAGUUUGGGAGUAUUACAAAAUUAAUAGAAAGUGUGUGUGAGAGAGAAGAUAGGGAGAGAAAGAGAGGGAGAGAUAAAGUAAGGUUUUUUGAAAUUAUUGUGAUGUAUUUAUAUACGAAAGCACAGUGUAUUAGAGAACUCAAUAAAUUGUGAUUAUUAUGACAA